UAUGGGAAGCCGACAUUAUCUGUGCCCAACCUGUUUCUGCGUAAACGCCACAUAUACGUAUUCACGUUCGGCAAGAGAAGCGUAAACUUAGGCGGCUGAGAGACAGAAAUUCCUCGUCAUUCCUGUGGAACUAACAACCAGAAAAUUGCUCUUUUUUGCGACAUUUGUGUUAAACAUUAAACAAGAAUCUUCGUUUAGCAGUCCUACUAAUUUCUGCUUUAGUGAUGGGAAACACGCUGGAUCUGUUCGACGAUAGUGAUGAAUCGGACUACGAUACCGGCGAUGGUUGUGACUAUCUUUUCUCCGAUGCCGACUUUAUUGGUAGCGGAACAUUCGGCAGAGUUUACAAAGCAAGAGUUAUAGGUGAUGAUUACACCGGGCCUGAGUUCGUAGCUGUUAAAGUAUUAAAUUUUAGCGCGAACUCCGAAGUUAUUGCCAAGAGAGAAAGCUGGACGAAUGCCGUAAAACGAUUAAAAAAACUACUAGACCUAAAGCAUGCGCAUCUUGUCUCGUAUCGCGCCAUUCGAAUAACCAAGGUUGCCGGAGGAUCGACCGUUAAAUUAAUAAUGGAUAUUUGCACAUGUGAUUUGGCCACAUACUUGACGAAAGCGGGGGAAAAUAACAGCUUUUCUCACAAUUACGGCAAAGCUGUUUCGUGUUCCAAAGAUAUCGCGAAGGGUUUGGAAUACUUACACGGACAAAAGAUUAUACAUGGAGAUCUAAAACCUGGAAAUAUCCUUGUCAAACGCCGACCAAAUACAAGCGAGAAAUUUUUGAUCGGCGAUUUAGAUAACCUAGUUCAAAUGCAAGAAAACGUUACUUGUUCUGGCGACAUAUCGCAUAUGCAAGGAACACCACGCUACAUGUCACCGGAAAUGCUGCGAAAGUUUUCUCAAGUUCAAGCGGAAACACCUGGACGAAAAACGGACAUGUGGAGUUUAGGUUGCAUAAUGUUAGAUGUGGUGCACUGCUGUCUGCGCAUUACUGCUAAGAAGCUGUACAAGGAAAACACGAUUAUCGACAUUGGACCGGAUGUUACGAACAUUCAGUUUGCCCACCUCAUUAUGGACGGCUAUGCACCGCUUGUUAGUGACGAUAUACCGAACAUACUGGCAUCCAUCAUCCGGGAAUGCUUCAUUGCAAGCACCGGGAACAGAAUAUCUGCCGAGGAUCUUUUGCAUGCACUUGAAGAAUGCCAAGUUAUUUUGCUUAUAGGAUGUGAAGAUUUUCAUUCACCACGCAUAAUCAAAUUUGAUCCUUUGACCAAUACGGUAGAAGCUCAAGCAGACCUUGACUUACCCAAAACAAUCGGUCCGUUUCACGAUUUCGUAGCCGCAGAAGGACAACUGGUAUUUCCCAUGAAUCAUGAGCAACGGACUUUCCCAAUAAUUAAUCUGGGCGAAAAAAAACUACGUUCGCUGCGGCUGCCUAAAAAGUGGUGCUGCUUCAAACCGAUCAUUGUGUUUGAUACACUUUUCUUUUGGGACAGCCACCUUACUUUCAUCUCAGUGAAUUUACGUACUGGGAGAGCAGGCUUAAUACAGAGAAGUCCUUAUCUCCAAAAUCGGUUUGGUUGCCAAAUAGAAGCAGUUGCUCAACUGGAUCAGAAGAUCUAUUUCGCCGGGCAGUUCCGCGGUUCAUCCAUUAAUCUGGAACGCUAUGACACGUUAGCCGUCACCUGGGAAUCCUUGCCAGAUUUUCCCCGAGUGCGCUCAAUGUUUGCUAUGACUUGCGUGAAUGAGUAUGUCUACAUUCUGGGUGGAAUGACUGCAUCAGAGGGAUCUCGACACAAGACACCCACAGCUACAUGUAUACGUUGGAACACAAGGACACGCAGUUGGGAGGAAAUGCCUUCCUUAAAGAACCCGCGAUAUAGUCAUGCUGCCUGUGUUAUUAAAAAUUGCAUAUACAUAUGUGGCGGCAAAAACGCUGCGGAGGAUCUUGUGAUUACGAUUGAAGUCUAUGACACCAAACAAACUACCGGCUGGACGACCGUGUCUUUGGCGGGAGAAGAUCAGCGGGUUCUACUGGAUGUGGUGGCAAAUCUCGAUCAAUCAGGUUCAAUAACCGCAGUUGCUUUUGACCGCUGGAACAUUGAGGUGACAGUCUAGCCACACGGUUCGCAUACGUCGGACACAAAAUCCUCCACGCUACUUCAUCGCUUAAUCUAAACCUGUAUCCUGAUGCUAUCCGUAAUACUAUAAUUUGUUCUACUUUGUGGAUAUAUGACUUUUCGGACCUGAAAUAAAAAAGGCCUUAAAGAUAAACCGAUUUAUGUAGACUGUAAUAGAACGGACCAUUGCUGCAUAUGCAGAAUAGUGAGAAUACUACAAGA